AGAUCUCAUGCUUAUAGAAGCAAUCGAUCUUUUAGCUCCUAUAAGAUUUUUAAGAGCAAUAGGAGUUAUAAGUCUUAAAAGUAUUAUAAGACUUAUAAGAGCAAUAGGAGUUAUAAGUCUUAAAA